AUGGCUGAACUCCUGAACAGCAUACUCAAUGUGACCAAAGUGUUCCAGAAAUACGCCCAAGAGAAUGGGGAUUGUGCCUCACUAUGCAAGAAAGAAUUGAAGCAACUACUCUAUGCUGAGUUCGGAGAUAUCCUUCGGAGACCAAAUGACCCACAGACAGUGGAUAACAUAUUGAAUCUCUUAGAUCAAGACAGAAAUGGUCAAGUUGAUUUUCAUGAAUAUCUGCUAUUGGUGUUCCAGUUGGCUGAAGCCUGUCAUCGUAAACUUGGCAAUGAUUCGUGUGAAAAUAGAUGCUGCCAGCCAAAAAGGAGACAGGAAAGAAACCGAGAUCGUCAGUUUCCAGAAAACACAGGCAAACAACACAGUCAACAACAUGAGUGGGAAAGGCAGAACUCCUGCCAGAGUCCAUCUGAGAGACAAAAAAAGGAGUCCCACUACAGUCAGUCUGAGAGACAGGGCCAGGACUCUCACUGUGAUCAGUCAGAGAAGCAAAACACAGACUCCUUCCAUGGCCAACCUGAGGGACAGGACCAGGAGUUCCCCUAUGGUCAGUGUAAGAGCCAAGACAGGGACUUCCAUCAUGCUCAGUCAAGGAGACAAGACAAGAAUUACAGCUUUGAUCAAGGUGAAGACUCUAGCUCAGGUCAAAAAAUGAACCAUAAAUCUAGCCGUGGCCAACAUAAAUUGCUAAGAAAUAUUAAUGCCUCAAAUCAGUGUGAGAAACCAGCUCAAGAUUCUCAUUAUGGGCAGUUAAAGAGACUUGGACAACAAUCAAGCCAUUUUGGGAGCUUCAGGCCAGACGCUAGCUCUUGCCAGACAAAUCAAUGGGAUUCAGGCUCCAGGAGGCUGGGUAAAGAAGCAGACAGUUAUCAAAGACACAAGCAAGGAUUAGAUUCUCAACAUGACCAGACAGACAAUCAGGGUCAGAGUUCACACUACAGUCAGACAGACACACAGAGACAGAGUACCUGCCACGGUCGGACAGACACACAGGGACACAAUGCUCACCACAGUCAGACAGAUACACAAGGACAUAGUACCCACCAUGGUCAGAAAGACAUACGGAGACAGAGUGCCCGCCACGGUCAGACAGACACACGGGGACACAGAGAGGCCCAGACCAGACACAGUGAAGGUGAAGAACAGAGUCACCAGACAGUGAAAGAGCAGGGCCAUCCAAGGCGGAGUAUUCAUAGCCAUGAGAGACAUGAAAAUCCACAUGAGGUGCAGCACAGAACCCCUGAGGAAGAACAAAAUUAUCAGAGAGGUCACCAGCAAACCCACAAGGAUGAACAGAACCACCAGAGACAAGACUGGCAAACGUACAAAGAGUUUCAAAACUACCAGCCACAACAGGGCAGACAAAACCAUGAAGAUGAGCAUAACCACAAAAGACAAGACAGAAAAAGCCAUGAAGAGAAUCGAAGCCAUCAGCAACAAUGGGAGAGGCAAAGCUGGAAGAAGGAAGAAAAGCAUCAGGAGUCUCAGGAUCCCAGCAAGGGAACCCAAGGACCCCAGCAAGCCUAUCAAAGCAGAGAUGAAGUCCACAAUGACAAACAGAGCUGGGAUGCACAAGGAACACACUCAGCCUGGCACCUAACCCAAAGCAGUGUGAAGCCUCAGACGAGACAACAGAGUGCAAGUGAUUCUACCAAGAAAGCUGUGGCUCCCAACCCCUUCUAUAAUUACGUACAAGAACAGAAAUUGUAUCAGUGUUAG